CAACAGAUGGUUCUGGUUAAAGAAGAAGCUUCAGAAGAACAGAGUGCUCGUGUCAACCACCAGCAUCUAGAUUUUCUCCACAAAAAGGAGGAACAGGAGAAACUCUGGUCUAGUUUGGAGGGAGAGCGUCUCCAUUUGAAUAAGGAGACUGAUGCUGCCAGGCUUCAAUCCUUUAGCCAAAAAACACAUUUAAACAAACACACCAGAGUCCAGACAAAGCAGAAACAUUUUGCCUGUGAGCACUGUGGACAAAGGUUUCACCAAAAGACUCAUUUAACCACACACAUGAGAGUCCACACAGGAGAGAAGCCUUUUGCUUGUGAGCUCUGUGGAACGAGAUUUAGCCGAAAGACACAUUUAAACACACACAUGAGCGUCCACACAGGAGAGAAGCCUUUUGCCUGUGAGCUAUGUGGACAACGAUUUAGCCGAAAAGAGUCUUUAGAUGAACACAUGAGAGUCCACACAGGAGAUAAGCCCUUUCUUUGUGAGCUCUGUGGAACAAGAUUUAGCCAAAAGACAAAUUUAAACAGUCACAUGAGAGUCCACACAGGAGAGAAGCCUUUCGCCUGUGAGCUCUGUGGUAAUAGAUUUAGUGAAAAGGGAAGUUUAAACAAACACAUGAGGGUCCACACUGGAGAGAAGCCUUUCGCCUGUGAGCUCUGUGGUAAUAGAUUUAGUGAAAAGGGAAGUUUAAACACACACAUGAGAGUCCACACUGGAGAGAAGCCUUUCGCCUGUGAGCUCUGUGGUAAUAGAUUUAGUGAAAAGGGAAGUUUAAACACACACAUGAGAGUCCACACUGGAGAGAAGCCUUUUGCCUGUGAGCUCUGUGGUAAUAGAUUUAGUGAAAAGGGAAGUUUAAACAAACACAUGAAAGUCCACACAGGAGAGAAGCCCUUUCCUUGUGAGCUUUGUGGAAAGAAAUUUAGCUUAAAGUUCAUUUUAAACAGUCACAUGAGAGUCCACACAGGACAGAAGCCUUUUGCUUGUGAGCUCUGUGUAAAAAUAUUUAGCUUAAAGACACAUUUAAACAGACACAUGAGAGUCCACACAGGACAGAAGCCUUUUGCUUGUGAGCUCUGUGUAAAAAGAUUUAGCCGAAAGACACAUUUAAACAGACACAUGAGAGUCCACACAGGACAGAAGCCUUUCGCCUGUGAGCUCUGUGUAAAAAGAUUUAGCUUAAAGACAAAUUUAAACAGACACAUGAGAGUCCACACAGGAGAGAAGCCUUUCGCCUGUGAGCUCUGUGGUAAUAGAUUUAGUGAAAAGGGAAGUUUAAACAAACACAUGAGGGUCCACACUGGAGAGAAGCCUUUCCUCUGUGAGCUCUGUGGAACGGCAUUUAGCCAAAAGACACAUUUAAACACACACAUGAGAGUCCACACUGGAGAGAAGCCUUUCGCCUGUGAGCUGUGUGGUAAUAGAUUUAGUGAAAAGGGAAGUUUAAACAAACACAUGAAAGUCGACACAGGAGAGAAGCCCUUUCCUUGUGAGCUUUGUGGAAAGAAAUUUAGCUUAAAGUCAACUUUAAACAGUUACAUGAGAGUCCACACAGGACAGAAGCCUUUUGCUUGUGAGCUCUGUGUAAAAAGAUUUAGCCGAAAGACACAUUUAAACAGACACAUGAGAGUCCACACAGGACAGAAGCCUUUUGCUUGUGAGCUCUGUGUAAAAAGAUUUAGCCGAAAGACACAUUUAAACAGACACAUGAGCGUCCACACAGGACAGAAGCCUUUCGCCUGUGAGCUCUGUGUAAAAAGAUUUAGCUUAAAGACACAUUUAAACAGACACAUGAGCGUCCACACAGGACAGAAGCCUUUCGCCUGUGAGCUCUGUGUAAAAAGAUUUAGCUUAAAGACAAAUUUAAACAUACACAUGAGAGUCCACACUGGAGAGAAGCCUUUCGCCUGUGAGCUCUGUGGUAAUAGAUUUAGUGAAAAGGGAAGUUUAAACAAACACAUGAAAGUCGACACAGGAGAGAAGCCCUUUCCUUGUGAGCUUUGUGGAAAGAAAUUUAGCUUAAAGUCAACUUUAAACAGUCACAUGAGAGUCCACACAGGACAGAAGCCUUUUGCUUGUGAGCUCUGUGUAAAAAGAUUUAGCCGAAAGACAUAUUUAAACAGACACAUGAGAGUCCACACAGGACAGAAGCCUUUUGCUUGUGAGCUCUGUGUAAAAAGAUUUAGCCGAAAGACACAUUUAAACAGACACAUGAGAGUCCACACAGGACAGAAGCCUUUCGCCUGUGAGCUCUGUGUAAAAAGAUUUAGCUUAAAGGCAAAUUUAAACAGACACAUGAGAGUCCACACUGGCUUUUCGCCUGUGAGUUCGGUGGAAAAGAUUUACCCAAAAGAUAAGUUUAAACGGUCACAAAAGAGUCCAUAAAGGACAGAAGCCUUUUGCUUGUGAGCUCUGUGGACGAAGGUUUAGCUGAAAGAAAACUUUAAACAAUUAUCUAAGCAUCCACUAGGGCUGAACGAUCUUUUGCAGGGGUCUCCAACCUUUUUCUGCCCGUGGUUUACUUUUACACAAUGAAGUACAGCAGAGUUACUGCCAUAUGAUUUAUUUACAUUGAUACUUUCCAUGUGUGAAUGUGCUUAUGUUAAACAUGCUAUACUUACUAUAUUAACAUGUGUAACGUGAGGAAAUAUGGGUUUUCUGUGCAAAAGGUUAUGCUGGGUCAAAUGCUGGGUCGCUGAGAACUUUCACCCACAGAUUAUGACCUGAACGCCAGAGAGUCUGGGAGAAACCACAACAUCUGAACACCUGCAGCUCCAGCCAAGGAGUUCUCAUGGAACAGCUAGUCAUAACAUAACAAAGUUAAAUUUACUUUUCUUGAUAUUAAUGCUAAAUAAUCAUUUUAUCACUUUGCUCAUUAUAAAUGUGUUUUAAGCAAAUGAAUGAUUAUUAUGCUUUGGGUAAUUAUAAUGGAUUAAUGAAUCCAUACUUAAUUAAAUAAUGUUUGAGGAUGUUUGUUAACGACCUUCACACACACUCAAGCACACACGCACACACUCAAACACACCCACACACAGAUUCUCACAGUAAACCCCAAACACAUUUGCUGAUGUACAAGUUUUGCUUUGAGAAGAGAACUGGGUUUGGUAAGUUUCUGUCUGAUGAGGGAGUUCGAGUUGGUCAACGAGAGAGAGAGGACGUGAACAACCGCUAACGGGGGAACGGAGCCCACCGGCUCCUCUCUCCCCCCACCCUCUCACGCUGUUCCUGCCAAGCCAGACAGGACAGCUGAAUUACAACCGCUAACGCAGGCUCGUUCAGAGCUUUUGAUUUUCUGAGUGAAUUAAACUUAAGAAAGCGCAUUUACAAACGUUUUUCCGUCAACAUGUACCGCGGGCAUCUCUGGACCGGGUCGCGGACAUCUACGUCUCCUCUGCCAGCCGCUGGUGUCACCUGGAUGAAACAUCACCAUCCUCUGGCGUCCCGGAUCCGAAAGAAGGUCCGACUUUAGGUGAGGCAGUCCACGGCGGAUAACGUUUGAUGCAUCUUUUCCAACGAAACCUAAGUUUAUUCAAACCAUCACUUUUCACUCAGACACCUGUUUCUUCCUGAAGCAAAAUCAGACGCACACACGCAUCCAUAAUCAUAUCACAUCACCUCAUAUUCAAUCUUCACACACUCACCACAAGGUCUAUUUGAGCAAGCUUAAAAUAUCAACUGUUAAAGAUUGUCCAACAAAGUUGCCAAUGUUGAUUGUUAUUUCCCAUGCUUGUCAUUUCAAAAUCAUUAGUUUAGUUUGAAGAAUUAA